GAGUGUAUAGGAAUUGACAAGUACUUGGUCGCAAUAGACACUUUGGAGCAAGCACCCUCAUUCCAUUCCAAAAUUACUGGUAUGUCGAAGGGUCACGUGCACCUUGGAGCAGUUGGGAGUGUGCUCGGCAUGCGCCUUCAUCUCAAGCUCUUUUGCGUGGCCGUGAGAUCCUGGAAAAUUGCUCAACGGACAGUUGCUCACUAACUCUGUUUGCAUGUUGUGACUUUACCUCCCAUGCUUCUGGAUGCUUUUGCAACAACAAAAAUGUAUUUUCAUCAUGGUAAGGGACCAGAAGCAUAUACAUAUCCCAUCUCCCCAUGGCUUCCAGAUGUCUUGGGAGAUUCCGGUGACUUAUAGUCUUGGCAGAGACGUACGCUUCAGUUAUGUCUGCAAAUUCACGACUUCUCGUCGCACCCUCUUUCCUGGAGGGUUUCCCACGUCUAUUUGAAGCGGUGCUGUCCCUGUGACAACCUCACCGUCUUGCAAACACUCAAUCGGCUUCUGAACGCUUGGAUAUGACUGGCUGAUGAGCUUUGUGAAUCUGUGAUUCCAUGCGUCCGAAUAUUUGUUCGUGCGGUCCUCAUCACGGCAGGGUUGCAUUUAGCAUGUUUCACACGGAUGGCGGGAAACUUGAGGGCCUACGACGCAUCCUUGUCACCUGUCCCUCGCCUUCUACGGGAAUGGCACAGAAGACUCCGUUGACGUACUUGCUGUCAAAAUAAUCCAUGAGGUCUUCCAUGCCCUCCGGUGCACUGCUCCGAAUUAUCUCCAGGCCAUCUUGAACAAGGUGCACCGGUACAAAAGCCAGAGUGUUGAGCAUCCCGCAAUGCCUCCUAAACAAAUCAUUGUUUUUAAAUCUGUCAGUCAAGCCCAAUUCCUGUACCUAAAAGAAACAAAGUAGGAACAUUUAGAAACGAACCUGGUGAAUGGUGGUCAAAUAGGAGUAUGUUGUGCUGUAAUGUGCUUGUCUCAAGAGCAUGGCGUCCACAUAAAUGUCCACACACAAACAUAAAUGUGAAGUUAGCAUCAUUACCUUUCAGUGAGUGCUUCGGCACACAGCCUCUUGUGGUAACAUGGUCUCCGAACAACUCUGAUAGCUUUCAUCACAGCCAGUUCAUAGUUGCUAACGCCGUCAUUGGGCCCUAGAAGGUGUCGGCAUGCAAGACAUGCGUUCCAGACUGCUUCGAAGAACUCUUCAUAUGUCGCAAGGCUAUUCCGUGUCAGCAGGGUGUAAGUGUAAGCUACUGUGUGCUCUCCAAUCAAGUGCCGUAGUACGUAGAGCUGCUUGAAAAUCCUAGGGCACACUGAAAACGUGCCGUCCAUAUGCCAGGUGCGAACCCGGGACAAUGCUCUUAGUUGCUCCCGACUAGAAAACAGUAUUAUGCGGUCAUGACGGCUGGUGUCGUUCUCAUACUGGAGGAAGAGUUGUGCUUCUGGACCACCUGUUGUAACCCACUUGCCUUUGAUGUGGAGCUGCAGCGCGCUCUGUGGCUCCGAGGGUCUAGCGUCACUACUAGUAGGCUACUAGGUGACUCGAUGAAGUUUGGACAUCGCACCACACUCUUGUCGCAUCUGUAGUGCCCUCGUCUGCUUGUGUUACCAUACUGGCCAAAAUCUUGCAACCUUAAAAGAAAACAAAUCUGGUGAUCAAAGUGCCAGCGUCUGCGCUGGAGUUACAUAAUAAAAUAACUACAAGCAAAGCAGGAAAGGUCCACAGAAUCGUCCGUGGUCACUGCACCCUUGCCUCUUUGGAACUUGCAUUGCCAGCGGAUCCUAGUCUUUCCUAGCUGUCUUUUUUUUUUUACAUAGUCUUAACCGUCCAAAACAAGCUUUGAUUUCCCCCUGCGAGAGGUGACGACUUCCAUGAUGAGCUCUACCGGAGUCUGAGACGCUGCCAGUCACGGCCUAUUUUUGUAGGUUUUGCUGUGGCUAUUUUUCUUUCUUUCUUUUUUUCUCCCUCCGAUACCGAACCAACAACUUUCUAAGAACACGCAUAGGGCAGUAACCUUCUAAGCACGUGCUUCUAAGCGAGACAAGGGUCUAGAAACUGCCCCAUAUCCGCGCAAAAGCAUCCCAGUCCUCCGAGACAGUAGUUACGCCUUUGUCGUUUUUGUCUCUCUGCAAAGCCGGGGUUUUCCGAGGUCGAACCACCGGGUGGAUUUCCUUCCGCGAUCUGUACUACUUAAUGGCCUUCACAGUGCUUAGAUGUUAAAAUAUUUGUGACCAGGCAAGACCACGCAAGCACUGCUGCGAUGUUUCAAUGUCUUUAAGCAAUGUCAAGCAUUUAAGCGCGGCAUAAAAUCAGUCAGCUAAUAAAGGCGGUGAGCAAUUGUCUGCGCCCCUGUUACCCCUCAGGAUCUAGCGUCUUGUGCGCCCCGUGAGCGUGCAAUACUUCUCCUGAGAUGCUGCAAGUCGUACUAACUGUCCACAUCGCGCGGCAUCAAUUUCCCGCGAAAUUCCGUGCAAAGCGCCGCAAAAUCUUGAGCGAAAUAAAGGAUUUCGCGGAAUUCUUUGCUAAAGGAAGGGAGGUGGAAAGGGGCUCUCCCUGUUUGUAAACAAAUGACCUCUUAUUGUUCGACAGCGCCACCAAUUUGGUAGAGCUGAACUAAGAUCGAAGCUAGAGAGGGUGAACAAGGUCGCGUGCGAAAGCCAAGGUCUUGAGGAGAUUACGAUGGACCGCAGGGGACGCGACCUUCGUUCCUUCUUAUCUUUCAGUAGGAGGACGCGAACAAGUGUCCAUUCCAGUUUGUUUCGGUUUCAGUCUGUCUGCCAACUUCAUGAUGACGUUUCUCAGGAAAAGGUCUAUCAACACCCGGGACCUUAUUUGUAAUUCACUUCAGCCAAUAAAUUGUGUGUAAAUGAUGCACUGCAUACUAGAGUUCGUUUGAUUUGGCAUUUCGUGCUGUGUUUUGGUGUUGAUUGUGCUUGGGUAUUUUAUAGUCUAGUGAUCCCGUCUGUGUGGGAGUGUAAAGAAUAUAUUGAAAAAUCUGAGAUUCGGCUAGCUGACAAUAAACCUCUACCCGAGAAACGUCAUCAUGACGUUGGUAGACACACCGAAACCAAAACAGAUCGGAAGGGGAGGGCUGUUUUCGCUGUGGUAAUGGCGCACGUUCUUGUCAUCUGCAUUUUUACGCGAUUGGCACAUAACCUGGAAGUGCCCAAGUUUGUGGCAUUUCCUGCAACGCUGCUGUCUUGCAGGGCAUUCUUCGUUGUUUGCCAAAUGCGAUGUUGAUCCACAACGAUAACAUAUUGCUCUCGUCUUGUUCGUACCGUCACGCUGCUUGCAGUCGCGGUGCUCCCUCUGUGUGUUCACUCUUUGUACUUCCUUGCUGUCGAAUAUUUCCAGCUCUCGCUUCGCCAUCUCUUGAUGAAUACCAAUUUCGAUAGCACGGCCCAGAGUCAAAGACGUUCCUUCGUACAGAAGUCGUUGUAGUGCCUUCGACUAGCUGGUCACGAAUUGCAUCAUCCGUUGCCGUGCCGUAGCUGCCGGAGGCAUAGGCGCCGACUGCGGGGGGGGGGGGGGGCGCGGGGGCCCUUGCCCCCCCGGAAAAUGAACUAGGGGGGGGGGGCGCCACCUCCCCCGGGAAGUCCCGCUAAGAGACUGACACCAACCUUUGGGGCUCGGCGCGCCCGGGUCAAAAGAGCGAAGAGGCACCAACCCAAAAAUGCACCUUGCAAUUUGUAAAAUAUGUAUCCGCCCACCAUACUCAUUAUCACUGUAGAAGGUGAGGCGAAGAAACAGAGGAUGACACAACACAUAGCCUGAAUUUCGCCCAAAGCAAUCAGAUCAAUGAAACGCAGUCGAAAAGGUACCAGCAGCUGCCAGUGAGGUCUAACGGUAGGAUCUUCGGAAUGCAUAUUCGUUGGGAGCGGGUUCAACUCCCGCUGCUCCAUUUCAUUGACCAUAUUCAUUAUUUGCGCGCAUUUCGAGUCAGACACCGGGGAUUCAAUACAUUUUGUUCUUUUUGCACUUAGUUUUCAAAGGCGUAAUGCCUUCAGUUGUGCAAAUGUUCACUGUUUACGUUCUCUCUGUUUUUUCUUUUGUUCUGCUUUUUCUGUUCUUCCUUCCUCUUAUUUCUAUACCAGUUCUGCAUAUAUCAUAGGAUCCCGCUAGAGUGUGUGAUUCUACAGCUUUAGUUUUGUGUUCUUCAUUUUUCUUUUCCUUUUCUUUCCUUCUUUUUGUUUUCUUAUUUUCUUUGCCUUUUUUGACUUCCCCUUUCACUUUUUGUGUUUGAAUAACAAGCCGACAUCCAUCUGGCUUACCUUUCCUUUCUUUUUUUUUCUUAAUAAACAUAUCCCCCCCCCCCCCCCCGCCAGAUUACUUACUUCGCGGUGCGCCCUUGCCCCCUCCGGGAAAAUGAAAACUCUCCGCCUCUGGCCGGAGGCUCGUAACGAAAUCCUGCCAUGGCUCACCAGGUAGCUGCCGACGACUGCGAAGCCGGUGCCGCUCGACGAGCUCAUUCGUUGUCGCAAUAAAAUGUUUGUCCAGGGCACGUAAUGCAACGUCAUGGUCGUCGAGAGUUGAGUCCGCCUUCUUUGCGUCGUCCAACCCCGAAGCUGUGGGUAGCGGCGGUGGGCUCGUGUCCUGCGGGAGGCCGUACAAAAUGCGCUGUCCUUCGACCCCAAUAGAAUUUAGCAGGAUUGCUUUACGGCCGCUUAUGGUCAAAUGAUCCAACGAGUCAAAUGUUCCAACAGGUCAUAAGCUCCAAAAAGUCACGUGACAGGCGAGUCAAAAGCUCCAAAGCGUCAAAUGCUCCAACCGCGUCAAAAGAUCCACACGGGUUCCGUAUUGUUCAAUAUUAUCUCGUCCUCUGAGCGUCAAAUGCUCCAACCGCGUCAAAAGAUCCACACGGGUUCCGUAUUAUUCAAUAUUAUCUCGUCCUCUAACCAACUUUCUAGCGAUGCCUUGUACCAGAAAGUUUUUUUUUUUUUUUCGAAGAACAACAUCCAGUGAAACUCAAGUCGAAAGGGUAACAUACUCUUCAGUGUUUUCGUGUCCCCUGCCAUGUAUGUAAACGUGUUAACCUUGGACAUGGUCAAUGACCGUAACCCCUGAACGACAGGAAUGGGCUUAUUCUGGGAAGCAGGACGUCGUGUGCAAACUUGGGGUUGAACGAAGGGGUAUAAAACCUGGACUGGGCGGUCCGAAAACAUUCGGGAGCAGAGGUCAUCUUCACGGUUCUCGCUGUCCGAACUGCAAGCAUACAUCCACCUUGAUUGCCUGGUUGAAUGGACCUCGACUUCGGUGCCCCGACUUUUGUCCCAUCCAGUUAUCGCUCGAAGCAUCAAGUGAUUCAGUACCGAAGCAAACGAUGGCCAAAUGCAGUGUUAGAGUUUGCAUUCAAAUCUACAAACAAGAAGGACCCCAGUAUCCAGUACUACAGAUGCACGAGCUGUUAUCGCCUGAGCAGGUUGGCGAGGGGAACCAACGAAACCUGGUCUGUUGCCCACGUCACGCUGCAAAACGGCGUCAUGAGGACAGACCCGGAUCAUCCAUCGACACCGCACAGCUGUGACCCCGCCGAGGAUGCAGAGGCGGCCACAGUCCUUUCCAGGCGUUACGUGUAUGAAGUCCGAACAGACGUACGGGCCAGCAGAAAGAGACCUCGGCAGGCAUUCGACGAAGCAGUGUCUGCUGUACAGGUCAGGUUUCAAGAUGACGACGCGAGUCUUCAAAAUGACAUCAAACGCCAGAUGAGCACCAGCUACGGUUUUGCCUCCAAAAGACGUGCGUUGUCGCGCAAUCGACACGCAAACAUUCCGAAGGGAAACUCCAUUGACGCCAUACUUCCGGAGCUGCGAAUUACGAAGGAUGGCCAGCAAUUUCUUCAACUGGAAGACAAGACUGAAGGGAGGAGACUGCUCGUAUUUUACGCCGAGAAGGACCUGGACGCCUUCGCAAACACGGAGUACAUCCUGGGGGAUGGCAACUUCAAGUAUAAUCCAUCCGAAUUUCACAGCCCUGGACAGCUGUACACAAUACAUGCAAUUGUCAAAGGCGAAGCGCACCCCAUAGUGUACGCAUUGAUGCAGGCAACAGAUGUGAGAGCGUACCAAGCGGUGUUCCACACCUUGAAGGAGUCCAUGGUGCGACGAUUUGGUCACGUCGGGAGCCUAUCCACUACGGCGACCUGGCUAUUUGACUAUGAGUCUGCAGCAAUACGGGCAGCACUCAAUGUGUUCCAGACAGCGACGGGUGAACCCAACGUGCGAGGCUGCGCCUUUCACUAUGCCAAGGCCAUCAACAAGAAGCGAGACGAGCUCGGUUUGAAGGUGUUGUGCAGAGAGAACGCCGAAGUCAACCGAUGGUUUGUUCGAGUGAGGCAUCUGCCGUUCGUUCCUGACGACUUCCGCCUGGCCUUCGCCGACGACAUCCUUUCUGUGAAGCCGGACCUGCCUCCACUACAUGCGGCGCGUCUGGCGCUGUUUGACCGGUACUACCGAGCGUACUGGCUCACGAACAGCCUGCUGAAGGACCGCUGGGGACAAUUUGAGAACCGAGGACCGAGGACCACAAACCACGUAGAAGGCUGGCACAAUGGCCUGCACAGUCGGUUCACGUGUCGUCACCCAAACCUGGCCGAGUUCCUGGAGUUCCUGCGAGUCAGUCAGCACGCCGCGCAAAACAGAGUCCAGGCCCUUCUGUUGGACCCGUUGGCAGUGCCAACCCCGACGUCAGCUGCAGUACGGGAGAGAAACGCGAGCCUAUUGCAAGAAAUGGACUCCUUCUCGUGGUACUUGAGCACAAGUCCGGUAUCUUUUAUGGACCUGACCACGUACCUAGACAGAAUCGCCUUGGUUGGUGUCCUGCCGUCGGAAAGUUAGCGUCCGCACAUUUUGUAUCUAAUGUAAAUAUUGUUAUAUUCCAAUUAAAUAGUUGCUUUCA